CCUCUAAGCUGUCCCUUCCAGGCCUUGAUCGCCGUCUCCCUGUCCUGAGAACCUCGCUGUCCUGAGGCUGCCAUCAAGCCCCUUCAGAGUGGCCCCAAGCACUCUCAGCAUGAACUGCAUAUCAGACUUCUUUACCUACGAGACCACCAAGUCAGUGGUCGUGAAGAGCUGGACCAUUGGGAUUAUCAACAGGGCAGUUCAGCUUCUGAUCAUCUCCUACUUUGUGGGAUGGGUUUUCUUGCACGAGAAGGCAUACCAAGUGCGGGACACAGCCAUUGAGUCAUCGGUGGUAACCAAGGUGAAGGGUUUCGGACGCUAUGCCAACAGAGUCAUGGACGUGUCUGAUUAUGUGACCCCACCCCAGGGCACCUCUGUCUUUGUCAUCAUCACCAAGAUGAUCGUUACUGAAAACCAGAUGCAAGGAUUCUGCCCAGAGAACGAGGAGAAGUACCGCUGUGUGUCUGACAGCCAGUGUGGACCUGAGCGUUUCCCGGGUGGGGGGAUCCUCACUGGCCGCUGCGUGAACUACAGCUCUGAGCUCCGGACCUGUGAGAUCCAGGGCUGGUGCCCCACAGAGGUGGACACCGUGGAAAUGCCUAUCAUGAUGGAAGCGGAGAACUUCACCAUUUUCAUCAAGAACAGCAUCCGUUUCCCCCUCUUCAACUUUGAGAAGGGGAACCUCCUGCCCAACCUGACAGCCAGGGACAUGAAGACCUGCCGUUUCCAUCCUGAAAAGGCUCCUUUCUGCCCCAUCUUGCGGGUGGGGGACGUGGUCAAGUUUGCAGGGCAGGAUUUUGCCAAGCUGGCCCGCACGGGUGGAGUUCUGGGAAUAAAGAUUGGCUGGGUGUGCGAUUUGGACAAGAGCUGGGACCAGUGCAUCCCCAAAUACUCCUUCACUCGGCUGGACAGCGUUUCUGAGAAAAGCAGCAUCUCCCCGGGGUACAACUUCAGGUUUGCCAAGUACUACAAGAUGGAGAAUGGCAGCGAGUAUCGCACGCUCCUGAAGGCUUUCGGCAUCCGCUUCGACGUGCUGGUGUAUGGGAACGCCGGCAAGUUCAACAUCAUCCCCACCAUCAUCAGCUCCGUGGCGGCCUUUACUUCAGUGGGAGUGGGGACAGUCCUCUGUGACAUCAUCCUGCUCAAUUUCCUCAAGGGGGCCGACCAAUACAAAGCCAAGAAGUUUGAAGAGGUGAACGAGGCAACACUGAAGAUCGCCAACCCAGAGUUCUCCAGGGACCAGGCCACAGAGGAGAAGCAGUCCACGGACUCAGGGGCUUACUCCAUUGGCCAUUGAUGCCCCACACUCACCCUUGGGCUCCAGGCCUCCCCAACAGGGAGCCCCACUGGCAAGGGGGGGUGGGGAAAAAUAAGGGCUCUAACUUCUGUGGCCCACCCCAUGGGGCCACGGCUGGGAGCCAGGGGACUGGGCCUCUCGUGCUCCUGCAGACUGGUAGUGCUCUCCCUACAACCUCAGUUCACCUUCACCCUUUGCAUGCCCCCAUCUGCUUCCUGGGACUCCGGGACUGCAACACCUAAGCUGCCCCCUUCCAAAGAGUAGAGAUACUAAUAGUAAUGACGGGUGCCCACAAGGACUUACCAAGUGCCAGGCACUUCCACACGCACUGUCUCAUUUAAUCCUCAGACAAUCCUCUAAGGCAAAUACUCAUUUCCCUGUUUUGAAGACAAACUGAGACUCAGAGAGACUGAGUCAAUGGUACCAGGCCACACAGCCAGGAAGUGAGAGAACUGGGAUUUGAACCCAGGUCUGACCAACUCCUUUGCCCACACCCACAAGAGAAGAAGGAAUUCCCUUACUACAACAGCUGCCCGUCCCUGACCCUGAUUAGGUUAAUAAAGAGUAACCCCAAGCUUUCCCAGGAACUCAGGCCCCACUGUAGGGGAGCCUGUUGAGACAAUGGGUCUCAUCUCUCACUUGGGUGGGUUCCUAGUUCAGAAGGAAAUAGGAGGCAUGACUGUCCCACAGCUCAGUCCCCAAACCAAUCCGGGAGCCAGAUCAGGCCACACCGUGGGGGGAGGUGAUUCUGUGUUUGUAGUUGGGCCCUGUCCCAGCAGCUCAGCAAUCUUUAUUUAAAAUGUCAACGACAAAGCUGCAGUGAGACCCAAUGUGCUGUGAGCUGCUCAGCCAGGUAGCCAGCCUGUCUUAAUAGAUGGUGGUCUUCUAAGGUAGAACCUAGAGGGGCCUCAGAAACCAUCUUGUCCCAAUUUGUUCCUUACAGAUGAGCAAACUAAGUCCAGACAGGGAAAAAAACUGGUCCAGUUCCACAGAGUUAGUGGCCAAGAGAGAACCCAGGUGUCCUGCUGCUCCGAGGAGGAGGAAGCUGGAAAGAGCAUCACCCUGGCUCCAUUGGCCCAGAUGUCCCACUGUCUCCAUUCUGGGCUUUCAUAUACUGAGAGGCCCCCAAACACACCAGGACAGAGUUCAGGGGAGACCCGGCCAUUAGGAAUCCCACACCAUACACAAUUUAGAAGCAUCUCCUUAAAACUAAUAUAAAAUUAGGAAUUAGAAGAGGCUCAUGCAAGCAAGAACCCUGGGGUGUGAGUUUCCUGGGAUUCCUGGUGAAUCUGCAUCUGGAAAAGCUGGAGUGUGGACAUGAUCAUAAGGUCUCAGCAAAAAUGAGCUGAAUGAUAGAUGGAGGGCUGGCCCCUCACUAGAAGGUGCAGGGAAAUGAGGCGGGGGCAGGUCUGUGAGCAGCUUGGGAGGUUCACACUGGGUGCAUCUGCAAAAGCCCAACCCCAGUGAUCUCCCAUCUCAGGGGGAGAAGGGGCAAUACUCCCUCACAUGAGGCCCAUAGCUCUGCCCUCACUCACAGUCCCCUCCUCAGGGUGGUGGGUGACAUCACCCCAGGGCCAGCCUCAGGAACUGGGCAGUGUUGGGAGACCUGACCAAACUUCAUUUCUCCAGCAGAGACAUCAGAGAAGGCCAUGGCACGCCCUCCAGCCAGGAGUCCCACAGGCAGCCCUGGUGAAUCCAGCUCUCAGGAAGACAAACUGAGACUCAGAGAGACUGAGUCUGAGGCUGGACUCACAGGGAUGCUAAGAAGGAGAUGGAGGCAGCUGUGUCCUGCAGAGGGACCCUUUCCCCCAGCUCCUCCCUUUCCCCCAGACUGGGGUGAUCCUCCUGCAGGUGCCUCAGCCCCUCCUGAGCUUGCCAGUAAGUGUAUGUGAGCCUGGUGCUGUCCUCCCCAUAUCUGAACCCAGUACCACUUCUAUGUGCUAGACGUAGAGCUAAUAUCAGUACUAAUGACAACAGCUAACUUGUCUCUGUCACGUCGUGGUUUGCUCAGCACA